AUGGUUCGCCGCGACAUAGACCCCAGCAUGCGAUCUCUGCCAUUCUCACUAGGAACGCCGAAUGUUCAUAGAAUCAUUCUCAUUUUUCUAUCAAUGCUCUUAUCUUUUACUUUACUAAACUCAGUCUUCAAGAAUUACGAACUUGGUUCUCCGGACAGGCAGCAGUAUGAGGCAGCUGACGAGGACCAUCGUUUCGCCAUGGUCAUACCUGCGACAUCCCCAAGCCCAGAUCUCUGCAAGACUAUAAUGACAGCGCUCUCCUUGGGCUAUCCAAGUCCGGUGAUCAUUAAUUGGGGGGUGGAUUUUCGUGAUAUCACACACUCGGACAGGGGCAAAAACCUGCCCAAGAUUCCCGGUUUUGUGGAAUACCUUGAUGCUGUGAUGCAUUCUGAAGCUCAUCCUUCAGAAAGACUGAGAGAAAACGAUAUAGUCCUUAUGGUUGACGGCUAUGAUAUGUGGUUUCAGCUUCCUGCUCAAGUUCUCCUCAGUCGUUAUCACGAAAUCAACAGGAAAGCCAACGAAAGACUCCUGAAGCAGUGGAACAGAAGAGAACCUAUGCCAAUGCGACAGACAAUCGUCACGGGGGCUGGAAAGCGAUGUGCUCCCAAUAACAGAACAAAAUACGGCAUAGAUAUGCUGUGUGACAGUUGGCCCGAGAGCCCAUUGAGAAAAGACAUGUAUGGCCCCGAUACGGACAAAUUUAUCACUGAAGACUGUCACGAUACCCGGCCGAGAUGGAUCAACGGGGGUAUAUAUAUCGGUCCCGCAGGCGAUAUGAGACGACUCUUUCGCCGCACCAUGGAAAGGAUGGAAGCUGGUCUCGGCCUGGGUCUUCCAUUGAUAAGCGAGCAAGGCAUGGUUGGCGAAAUCAUUGGAGAACAGGAAGUCUGGCGUCAACGGAUGAGAGAGCAACCCAUGGCCAGAGGCAAGUUGGCUGACUUUAUGGAGAGGGAUUUCGAAUACCAUGUCGGGGUUGAUUUUGGCCAGGUUUUGUCUGCCCAGACCGCAUCCACGGUUAUCAAUCAGUCUGCUGAUCUUUUUGACGGUGCCUUUGCCAUUCUCGGUGAUCAGGCCGCUAUAGACCACCACUCCGAGACCCGCUAUAUAUCUCCAGCACGAAUAAGAGGUGUCCCAGACGAUAUCAAAGAUGCCCCAAACCCUCUAUUAAGCUUCGACCAGGCCGCAAACUGGAGCACGAUGCCUUUGUACGCCGAUUUCUUCACCGAAUCUGUUCCCGUCAUAUUACACCACAACGGCUUCAAACGGAGCCGCAGCACGUGGUGGGACAGGCCAUGGUACUACAAGCGCUUACGUGAGCUGUUCAAAGCCAGUUUGCAGCCACGCGAACCGGACGAGGCACUGGUGACGCUUCAACAUGGUGGAAGUCGUAUCAGGUACUGGCCUGUGUCGGCUGAGGCCACGGAUAGAUUGCCGCGGCAGGUGAAUGGUACGGCAGUGGGAAGAUAUCCUAACUUGGAGUUUGGGAAUAUCUGUCGCUAUAACGAGGAAAAGGUGCCGAAGGGAUAUGAGAAAAAGUGGUGGGAUGAGGUUUUCCGAGAUGAUGGUGGAAAGCUCUUUUGA